AUGGAGCUCCUUCGGCUGCUGCUCAUCGCGGUGCUGGCUUCGGUAACCCGGGCGGCCGGCGGAGCUGAGAUCGUCGGAAGCUCCAGCGAGGGUCUUCUGGAAUUUUCUGUGGGGAAAUUUAGAUACCUGGAGCUCAAGAAGCCCUUUCCAGAGGAAGCUAUUUUGCGUCAUAUUUCCAGCAAUGUUACUUUUGUUAUUUUCCAAAUACACUCACAGUAUCAGAAUACAACAAUUUCUUUUUCUGAGGCUCUCCUUCCUAAUGCCUCGGGGACGGGCACUGACAAAGGACUGGUUUCCAUUCUUAGACCAGAGCAGAGUAUGUGCACUUGGCACUUGGAGACAUUAGACCCUGAGCCUGUCCAAAAUGUGGCCAUUCCACUGUCCUACUCGGAAAGCGAUCCUAUCCCUGGUGGCUGUAAUUUGGAGUUUGAUGUAGAUAUCGAUCCAAACAUUUACUUGGAGUAUAAUUUCUUUGAAACAACUAUCAAAUUUGCUCCAGCAAACCUAGGCUAUGCGAGAGGCGCAGAUCCUCCAUCAUGUGACGUCAAGACAGACCUAGACUCCAGGUGGAGGUUGCAGUAUGACGUCUAUCAGUAUUUUCUGCCCGAGAACGACCUCACUGAAGAGGUGUUGCUGAGACAUCUGCAGAGGAUGGCCGAGGUGCCUCAGGUGCGGGCCAAUGCUGUCAAGGUGGUCACCCUAACCGCUGACGAUAAGACAAGUGUUUCCUUCUCCUCCCUCCGGGGACAGGGUGUCAUUUACAAUGUCAUCGUUCGGGACCCACUUCUAAACACGUCCACGGCUUACGUGCCCACUCACACGUAUGCUUGCAGCUUUGAAGCUGAGGAGGGUAGCUGUUCUUCCCUUGGAAGAGUCUCUACCAAAGUCUUCUUCACUCUUUUUGCCCUGCUUGGCCUCUUCAUCUGUUUCUUUGGGCACAGAUUCUGGAAAACAGAACUAUUCUUUAUAGGCUUUAUCUUCAUUGGAUUCUUCUUUUAUAUACUGAUUACAAGACUGACACCUAUUAAGUAUGAUGUCCGCCUGAUUGUGACGGCCGUCACCGGAAGCAUCGGUGGAAUUUUCUUGGUAGCUGCUUGGUGGCGAUUUGGAGUCCUCACGCUCUGCAUGCUGUGUGUCGGACUGGUGCUGGGCUUCCUCGUCGCAUCAGUGGCUUUCUUCACUCCCCUGGGAAACCUAAAGAUUUUCCGUGUCGACGCAGUAUUCUGGGUGACCUUCUCUUGUAUAGCCAUUUUCAUUCCGGUGGUUUUCAUGGGCUGCUUAAGAAUACUGAACAUACUGAGUUGUGGAUUCAUUGGCUCCUAUUUGGUGGUCUUGGCCGUGAACAGUUACCUGUAUACAAGCCUUUCUUACAUCACUUUGAACAUACUCAGGAGAGCACUCCAUGUGGAUUUCCGCAGAGCUUUCAUGAAUGUGCCUUUUCAAACGAAUGACUUUAUUAUCCUGGCAGUAUGGGGGAUGCUGGCUGUAAGUGGAAUUACGCUACAGAUUCGAAGAGAAAGAGGGCAGCCGUUUUUCCCUCCCCACCCGUACAAGUUAUGGAAGCGAGAGCGUGAGCGCAGAGUGACGAACAUCCUGGACCCCAGCCACCACAUCCCUCCACUGAGAGAGCGACUCUUCAGCCGAUUAGCCCAGAUCAAAGUGCUCUUCCGGAAGGAACAGCCGGCGGGAGAGAGAACGCCCCUGCUUCUGUAG